AUGGAACAUAGAUCUCAUUAUAAUUCACCACGCAACUCUCUCGCCACCCAAAUCUUUAGCGGGACCGGUGUCAACCACACAACUACAGUCAUCAUCGUGGUUCUCUGUGUCGUUGCAGGCACGUUGAUCUUGUUCGGUCUUUUUCGCUUCCUACGCCAUCGAUUGGCUCGACGUUCCACUCCCUUACCCCCCGUGCAGCCUAUUGCUCAUUAUCGUAAGCAGCGGCUGACAGAGUUUGAUGAACGACCCACUAUAACGUCAACAUACUCCCUGUCUUCACGCCUUUCCCCGUCAAUUGGAUUAUCGCCCGCUGCGAGUGAUUCUUCAUUUCUCCCCGCAAAGUACGACCAGACUUUUUCUUCGCAAACAAGUCUGUGUCUUGUGGAGAAAGGCGAUGACCAAGAUGUGCCGCUGCCUCCAGCGACGGACGAAGAAAAUCUACGAAUGCCAAAUCCUGCAUUUGGUCAUGUCAGGCGUUUGAGUAGCAGCUCUUUGGGUUCUGCUUCCUCCACUCCCCCCUUAGCUUCUGUUGCAUCGCGUUCGCCAUCACAAGCUACGCUUUCCCGUUCGUAUUCUCGCCGUACGGGUCCUACGUCUGCAGUAUCCAGCACCUCCAUCCGAAGUACGAAGAGUUCUAGAAGGAGCACUGUCGUAGGUGUCCCGCAUGGACCACAUAGUCAAGUCAGAGUCGUAUUACCUGCUCCUCUCGCUCCUUCUCUGCAUCCAUAUUUGUCUGGACCAGAAGCGGGUAGAUUGGGUGUAGAUGACCAGGCGUCAAACCGCACAACCAUGGUCGAUAUGUGGGCAGCCCCGCUCCACAGGUCGGUGAGCUCUGAUCAUAUCCGACAAAAUUCGCCCGCCAUUUCUGCUACGUACCGGCACGGAGCUUCAUCCCCUACAGCUCGACAGAGGACCUCCUCCUGCCAUACACCGCCAUCAUCAUUUUAUUCCUAUGCGAUUGGUUCCCCUCCUGUUCCCCCAAUUCCUACCCAGUACAGGCAAUUCAGUGACGCACCUUACGCUACACAGCAUCAGCAAACCGAUCCUACGAGAGCCCGACCUCGCAGGCUCUCGCGACCCAUUUCCGGAGGGACAUAUACUGCACAGCACGAGGACCGAGAAGAGAGUCCUCGCGAGUCCUUGACGCCGUUUCAACCGAGUAAUAGCUGA